AUGCCUAGCGUCGACGACAUUACAAACGGCGUCGAUGAGCUCGACUUCAUCGACGAUGCCGACAUUGACUUUUCCGACAUCGAACAAAAGUACUCGGUCAAAUUCGACGAGGGUCUCGACGAUGUGAUCGUCAUCGAGGGCGUCCCUGCCAUUACCGAGUCGCGCCAGCAGAAGCUCUUCGAGACCGUUCAGAAGCGUUUCAAGACCCACGCCGGCAUCGACAUCGCUGUCGAGGGCAUGCACAUCCCUUACGGCGACAAUGGUGAAUCCAAGGGCUACAUUUUCGUCGAGAUGGCUUCCGCCGAGGAUGCCGCUCAGGCCAUUCGGCAGAUGGAUGGCUACGCCUUUGACAAGAAGCACCGCUUCUCCGUCCACCGCUUCACCGACGUUGAGAAAUUCGCCAGCCUUUCAGAAGAGUACGCAGAGCCCGAAGAGGAGGAGUUCAAGCCCCGCGAGCACCUUCGCUCCUGGCUCGCAGACGCCUCGGGUCGCGACCAGCUCGUCAUCUGCCGUGGUGACGACGUCGAGAUUGCGUGGCACAACCGCUCCUCGGAUCCUCAGGUCGAACACAGCCGUCCUCGUUGGACAGAGAGCUACGUGCAAUGGUCGCCCCUCGGAACCUUCCUCACCACCUUCCACCGACAAGGUAUCCAGAUCUGGGGUGGUCCUUCGUGCGAGCGCUUCAUGCGUUUCCCUCACCCUGGCGCCCGUCUUGUCGACUUCUCUCCAAGCGAGCGCUACAUGGUCACAUGGUCGCACGACCCUAUCCAGGUGCCCGACAAUGCCCCCAUCGGUCCUCAAUUCUUCGGCCCCGAAGAUGAGGGCAACCGCAUCGCAGUCUGGGAGGUCCGAACCGGUCACCUUUUGCGAUCCUUCCCCGUGCCUCAGGAUGAGAAUGGACAGCCAGGCCAGCUCAAGGGCUUCUCGUGGCCCUUCCUCAAGUGGAGUCCCGAUGACAAGUACUGCGCACGUCUCAACCCCGGCCAGGCGAUCAGCGUCUACGAGACUCCCUCCAUGGGUCUGCUCGACAAGAAGUCGAUCAAGGUCGAGGGCGUCGUCGACUUUGAAUGGUGCCCAAUGGGCGAGAAGGAGCGCGAGGCUGCCGAGUCGGGCAAGCCUAACAAGAAGGUCAGGGACAACAUGAUCGUCUACUGGCAGCCCGAAGUGGCCAACCAGCCCGCACGUGUCACCGUCAUGGCCGUGCCAACAAGAACCAUCCUCCGUUCCAAGAACCUCUUCAACGUUUCGGAUUGCAAGCUUCACUGGCACCCGCAGGGCGACUACCUCUGCGUCAAGGUCGACCGACACACCAAGACAAAGAAGUCCAUGUUCUGCAACCUCGAGAUCUUCCGCGUGCGAGAAAAAGAGUUCCCCGUCGAGGUCGUCGAGCUCAAGGACGCCGUCACCGCCUUCGCAUGGGAACCACACGGAACCCACUUUGCCCUCAUCUCGAGCAACGACCCGCAGCUCGGCACACCGGCGCCGGGUAUCACCAUCAAGACUCAGCUCAACUUCUACCACCUUCACCCCAAGGGCGACUUCCGUCCGCUCAAGUCGUUUGACAACAAGACGCUCAACGCGCUCUUCUGGUCCCCACGCGGUCGUCACAUGGUCGCUGCUACGCUUGGCAGCUCGCAAAAGUUCGACCUCGAGUGGUACGACGUCGAUUUCAUGCACGAGGUGCGACAGGGCAACCCUUCUGCCGACCCAGCGGACGAUGUCAAGCUGAUCGGCACCGGCGAGCACUACGGCAUCACCGAUCUUGAGUGGGACCCAUCGGGACGCUACGUUGCGACCUCGGCCUCGGUCUGGCGCCACUCGCUUGAGAACGGUUUCGCCGUCUGGGAUUUCAAGGGGCAAGAGCUGCAGAAGCACAUCCAGGACCGCUUCAAGCAGAUUCUCUGGCGUCCACGACCGCGAUCGCUGCUGAGCAAGGAGGACAAGUACAAGGUGCGCAAGAACUUGCGAGAGUACUCCAAGCAGUUCGAGGAGGACGAUGCCGCCGAGGAGUCCAACCUGGCUACCGCCGAGCGCGAACUGUACCAGCGCAUUCUCGAGGAGUGGAAGGCAUGGCGUGGCCGUGCUCGCCGCGAUCUCGAGCAGCUGCGCGAGGAUCUCGGCCGCGAGGAGGUCGGACAGAGCGUCGACCAUGCCAAGAAGCUGGCCGAGGAGGCUACCGAGGAGGUGCAGGAGUGGAAAGAGGAGAUCAUCGAGGAGACCGAGGAGGUACUUUCUUAA